GAAUCAUGAUUGAGGUUAUGUUUAUAGUUUAUCAGCUAGAACUUUUGAACUUUUCGGUGCGGUUCCGUCGAAUUUUGAAUUAUUUUAAUUUACAGUGAUAUUGUCGUCAAACUGUUUUUAUUUAUAUCAUGGCUAUGAUGGAUGUACAAUCUGGAGACUCAUUUGAAUCCUUCACUGGGUUGGAUGCCAAUGAUUGGCUCAAUGCCUCAGUUCGCACUGGUACAACUCUAAUGGCUGCCGAGUAUGACGGAGGUGUAGUUAUUGCUGCUGACUCUCGCACAACUAUGGGGUCAUAUGUGGCAAAUCGAGUAACAAACAAGCUAUACAAAAUUACGAAUAAUAUCUACAGCUGUCGCUCUGGCUCAGCUGCUGAUACUCAGGCGAUCAGUGACAUUGUUUCAUACCAUCUUGGAUUUCACAGUAUAGAAAUGGGAGAGAUGCCUUUAGUUGAAACUGCUGCUAACAUAUUUAGAGAGAUAAUCUACAAUUAUAGAGAAUCUUUAAUGGCAGGCAUCAUUGUAGCUGGUUGGGACAAUCGCAAAGGUGGCCAAGUAUAUAUGGUCCCUCUUGGAGGAAUGAUAAUGCGACAGAAGGUAGCAAUUGGUGGUUCUGGUAGCACAUAUAUCUAUGGUUACAUAGAUCAGGAGUACAAAGAAGGCAUGACUAAAGAGGAGUGUAUCAAUUUCUGUAAAAGAGGUAUUGAGUUGGCCAUUACUCGAGACGGUUCCAGUGGUGGCGUUGCAAGAAUCGGUAUCAUCAACAAGGACUCUCUCAAUGAAAAAAUGGAACGUAGAACCUUUACUGGUGAUCUCCAUCCUCGCUUCUAUGAAGGUUAAGCAAACUUUUUUAGCCAAUCCAAGCUGAAUUUUUGGUUUAACCACCAUGCAUAUAAUUUAAGUUUAAUUUUGUGAAGAAAUAAUCACGUAAGUUUUUUUCAUGUAUUUUUAUAAUUGUUUCAUAGUUUUCAAUAAAAUGUGAUAACACAUUGAAAAGUAUUCUAAA